AAAUAAAUUAGGAAAUGACAUAUGUCUCUCGAUGAUAUUUGUUUUUUGGUCCUAUGAGAAAAAGUUUGGGCACCCCUUCCCUACUGUUGCUGAAAUGCGACAAUAUUACUUAAUACCAAAAGGGGGCAGUAGUGUUUCAAAAUGCCAGCUUGCGUCGAUGCACUUCAUUAGUGAGGUUUUGUCACUCACCGUUUCCCAUAACCCGUGUCAUUUCUUCUAAUAGUCGGAGCAGGAGAGGCACUGGAGGAUUCAGGGAAGAUCGCAACUUCAUUUCUGCAUUUCAUUUCACGCAUUUUAAUGUUUUUUUUUUAUGUGAGAACAAGCGAUUUCCACUGACAUUGCGACAAUAAGAGUAGCGCGCAAUUAAAGCACGAUUAAAUUCGUAUUGUUUAACAGAUCAACAAAUAAGACGUCAAUAAAUAUGUUUUAGUAGCAUGCAAGUCUAAGACACUGCAAAGACUUCAUCCCAUGAACUCCAUACGCCCUAAAUCUGUGCUUUGAUUUUUCAAUUGUUCACUUUGUAGUUCUAGUCAAAGUAACAGGGUUUUAGGGAGAAAAAAAAACAAAACCUCCAGCAUGCAGACAGCGCGUGUGAGCGUUCAGGGGAGGGCGAAAUGAGUGAUGCUGCUGAGCCAAUGGAGAUACUCGCGCGAGGAGAGGAGCAUCUGUCCGAAACCUAAACUAACCGCUGGCACAAUAACGCGACUGAGGAGCGCGUCGAGCUCAUCUUCUGACUGAACUUUCAAGACUUUGGGAGAUUCGCAGGUGCUGGACGACAAAAUAAGGCAAUUCAAACAGGACCCAAUGUUUAUCCCAUAGAUCUACUGGACAUCAUACCCCAGUGACAACAUCAUUUCCCACUGACCCCAAGAGACUCUUCCUUCUGUGUAGGCGAAAAUCUCCAGUUAAGGAGAACUAGAGCUACAUCAUCUGUGGUUUUCCCAUCUGAGAUGAACAUUUGAAGAAAAGCCAAAGGAAGUGUACAAAAGGCUGACCAGCAGGAUUAGUAUUACAGCUUUUUUGCUUCUAAACCCAAAGAAGAAUCCAAUGGCGACAUCAAAUGUGGACUGAUUGUACUCAGUCAGAGCUCCCAGCGGCAGCACUUUGGCUCCAGAUGAAACUGAUGUUUUUCUGCAUAAUUCUUAGUCAGUCUGGAGCCGUUACCCCUCCUGCUCUGUGUGUCGUAGCAUGUGGCUCGGACUCAACAUCCACAGCAUCUUAAUUACACAGCCAAGCCGAUUUAGACCACACAGGAAACAUCUCUACAUCUGGAGAUACACUGCCUUUUAGAGAGAGAUACACAUCACUGGAGACUCCUGAUCUGCUUUUUGUCCUCUAUACCUAUGCGAUUACACAAAAGAAACCUAAAAGAGAAAAGAAGCCUACACCAGACAUGAGGGUCACAACAGCACAUUUGGCAGGACUACAAAAAGCCAUUCCACGUGGAUAAAUUAGAGUCGGAGUUACACUUUUUUUUUGUGGAAAAUUUACAACAACACGACUUGCAGGAAACGACUAAAAGACUUAAAAGGGCCUGAUGCACCUUUUAAGGGCAGCAACAAAAAUGAAUAAAUCAUCAAGAGGGAGCGAGGGCUAGUUCUUCUCAGAGAGCAGUGAAGGAAACGCUCUCCUCCCCCUGCUGCGAAUGAGAGCUUGAACUGAGCUCUCUGGAAGACUGACAGUCUCUCCUGCUCUCUAGCCUGGUGGUUUGUUGAUGGAUUUGCCUUGAUUUUUGGUGUUUCUCAGCCCUCCCUCUACGUGCCCGUGUCAUGCUCUGUUGCCGGCGAGCCGUCCAGGAGCCAUGCCCAUCCCUGAGAUGGCUUUGAGCCCGGUAAAGUCUCUGUACUGGGAGGUGUUUCCCUCCAUGGUCACGCAGCGGGUGUACUGUACGCCCGUCCUCUGGGCUGGACGCCUCUAUGUGCUGGGCGGCUGCAGUGAGAACGGCCUCCCUUUGGACUCCGCCGAGGUGCUGGAUCUAGAGAGCCAGCGUUGGUGCGAGCUACCUCCGCUGCCCACAGCUCGUGCUGGGGCAUCUGCUGUAGCUGUCGGGGACCAGUUGAUGGUUAUGGGGGGUAUGGAUGCGCAGCAGAGCCCGCUGGCCUCAGUGGAAGUCUACCACCCUGAUGAGGGCAAGUGGGAGAGGAAGACAGGACUGGGUCAGCCUUCCAUGGGCAUCACCACACUGGAGAAAGGUAUGAGCAGCAAUUCCUCUUCAUUCAUGAAAGUGCUUUCAGUCAGAAUUUGAUAUGAAAUUUGCACUAUGUUUUUUUUUUCAGUUUAGAGGUUAACACGAAUGAAAAUAUAAGAUUUUUAAA